UGAAACCCAAGCCUCAUUCUCUUUCUCUCCCUCUGGCAAGCAUGCUGCUGGUAGAAGCCCCCAGGUAGAAACUGCUUCAAAAAUCUUUCAAUGCCUCUUCCUCGGGAACACCUAUGGCUCCGGGAUCACAGCUCAGCUCUUUAAGCUGGUCAUAAGCCAGCCAACUUGCUGAUAGGAUUUAAAUUCUGAAGAGAAUGUGGCCAUUUUUCUCUCAGACGGAAGGAUCGCUUCAAUUUCCGCCUUUGUAAUUGCUUCCUUUCCUUGAAGGUGCCUGGGUCUUGUUUUCUUUCAAACAUCUUCCUUCCGAACUUGCCUGCCAUGCCGACCGUCAUUAGUGCAACUGUGGCCCCGAGGACAGGGGCUGAGCCCAGGUCCCCAGGGCCCGGUCCUCACCCGGCCCAAGGCAAGACCACCGAGGCCGGAGGUGGACACCCAGGUGGUAUCUAUUCAGCCAUCAUCAGCCGCAAUUUUCCAAUUAUCGGAGUGAAGGAGAAGACGUUUGAGCAGCUCCACAAGAAGUGCCUGGAGAAGAAAGUUCUUUAUCUGGAUCCCGAGUUCCCGCCAGAUGAGACCUCUCUCUUUUAUAGCCAGAAGUUCCCCAUCCAGUUCGUCUGGAAGAGACCUCCGGAAAUCUGCGAGAAUCCCCGAUUUAUCAUUGGCGGAGCCAACAGGACUGACAUCUGCCAAGGAGAUCUAGGAGACUGCUGGUUUCUGGCCGCCAUUGCCUGCCUGACCCUGAAUGAGCGGCUGCUUUUCCGAGUUAUACCCCAUGAUCAAAGUUUCACUGAAAACUAUGCGGGGAUCUUCCACUUCCAGUUCUGGCGCUAUGGAGACUGGGUAGAUGUGGUUAUUGAUGACUGUCUGCCAACAUACAACAAUCAGCUGGUUUUCACCAAGUCCAACCACCGCAAUGAGUUCUGGAGUGCUCUGCUGGAGAAGGCUUAUGCUAAGCUCCACGGUUCCUAUGAAGCCCUAAAAGGUGGCAACACCACAGAAGCCAUGGAGGACUUCACAGGCGGGGUGACAGAGUUUUUUGAGAUCAAGGAUGCUCCCAGUGACAUGUACAAGAUCAUGAGGAAAGCCAUCGAGAGAGGGUCCCUCAUGGGCUGCUCCAUUGAUGAUGGUACGAACAUGACUUAUGGAACCUCUCCUUCGGGUCUGAACAUGGGGGAGUUGAUUGCGCGGAUGGUGAGAAAUAUGGAUAACUCGCUGCUCAGAGACUCAGACCUCGACCCCAGGGGCUCAGAUGACAGACCGUCAAGGACGAUUGUUCCUGUGCAGUAUGAAACAAGAAUGGCCUGUGGGCUGGUGAAAGGUCAUGCCUAUUCAGUCACUGGGCUGGAGGAGGCCCUGUUCAAAGGCGAGAAGGUGAAGCUGGUUCGGCUGCGGAACCCCUGGGGCCAGGUGGAGUGGAACGGCUCUUGGAGUGAUGGUUGGAAGGACUGGAGCUUUGUGGACAAAGAUGAGAAGGCCCGUCUACAGCACCAGGUCACUGAGGAUGGAGAGUUCUGGAUGUCCUAUGAUGACUUCGUCUACCAUUUCACAAAGCUGGAGAUCUGUAACCUCACAGCUGACGCCCUGGAGUCUGACAAGCUACAGACCUGGACCGUGUCUGUAAACGAGGGCCGCUGGGUGAGGGGCUGUUCUGCUGGCGGCUGCCGUAACUUCCCAGACACUUUCUGGACCAACCCGCAGUACCGUCUAAAGCUCCUGGAGGAGGAUGAUGACCCCGAUGACUCGGAGGUGAUCUGCAGCUUCCUGGUGGCUCUGAUGCAGAAGAAUCGUCGCAAGGACCGGAAGCUGGGAGCCAACCUCUUCACCAUUGGCUUCGCAAUCUACGAGGUUCCCAAAGAGAUGCACGGGAAUAAGCAGCACCUGCAGAAGGACUUUUUCUUGUACAACGCCUCCAAGGCCAGAAGCAAAACCUACAUCAACAUGCGGGAAGUGUCCCAGCGCUUCCGCCUGCCCCCCAGCGAGUACGUCAUUGUGCCUUCCACCUAUGAGCCCCAUCAGGAGGGGGAAUUCAUCCUCCGGGUCUUCUCUGAAAAGAGGAAUCUCUCUGAGGAAGCUGAAAACACGAUCUCUGUGGAUCGGCCAGUGAAAAAGAAAAAAAACAAGCCCAUCAUCUUCGUUUCAGACAGAGCAAACAGCAACAAGGAGCUGGGUGUGGACCAGGAGGCAGAGGAGGGCAAAGACAAAGCAGGGCCCGAUAAGCCAGGGAGAGCCCCACAGGCAGGGCCUGGCCACACGGACCAGGAGACUGAGGAGCAGCAACAGUUCCGGAACAUCUUCAGGCAGAUUGCAGGCGAUGACAUGGAGAUCUGUGCGGAUGAACUCAAGAACGUCCUUAACACGGUGGUGAACAAACGUGAGCCACUCAUGCCAGAUGCGGGGGAUGGGCAGGGGCCGCAGCUGUCUGAAAGCAACUCCUCACCCUUCUCCAUCCCCCCAGACAAGGACCUGAAGACACAAGGGUUCACGCUGGAGUCUUGCCGAAGCAUGAUCGCUCUCAUGGAUACAGAUGGCUCUGGGAGGCUGAAUCUGCAAGAGUUCCAUCACCUCUGGAAAAAGAUCAAGGCCUGGCAGAAAAUCUUCAAACACUAUGACACAGACCAUUCCGGCACCAUCAAUAGCUAUGAGAUGCGAAAUGCAGUCAAUGAUGCAGGCUUCCACCUCAACAGCCAACUCUAUGACAUCAUCACCAUGCGCUAUGCAGACAAACACAUGAACAUCGACUUCGACAGUUUCAUUUGCUGCUUCGUCAGGCUGGAAGGGAUGUUCAGAGCUUUUAACGCAUUCGACAAGGACGGAGAUGGCAUCAUCAAACUGAACGUUCUCGAGUGGUUGCAGCUUACCAUGUAUGCCUGAACUAGACAGGCCUCAUGCAAGAUCAACCAAGACUCCAACCCAACCCAGCUAGAGCCAUGUACCACCAAGAAUCCAGCGGCCGCACCUCCACAAAACCUAGGGGGCUUCUGGCCUUGUUCCUUCUCCACUUUGCCCCCAAUCUCGGUGCCCAGCCUGGUGCUUGGGAGAACUCUUUGCCACCGGAAGGCUAGUGUCUGCCUGAGCCAGCUGCAGCUUCACUGGGUGGUCUGCUGAUUCUGAGUUGCCCACUUAGCUUGCAUUGGGCUGUCCACAGCACCAGCUAGUGGUACUCACUCAUACAGGAACCCAGUCGCCAAGUCUGCACUCAGUUCUGCCAGUUUUAGGAUGGGUUAACUCUGGGGUAAACAGGGCUGAUGCUUGGAGAUAUGACAAAAAUUUGGCUGCAUUCUGAAAAAAAGUUAAAUAAAGGCACAUGUGUGGCUGA